AUGCUGAGGAAGUGUCUUCACCCUACAGAGGAGUUAGUGGCUAGGAUUCCAGAGGAUCUUCAGCCAGAUUUGACAGUGCCGGCAGUGCCUGUGAGGAUUUUAGAGAGGAGGGAAAAGGUUCUGAGGAACAAGAGGAUUCCCUUACUGAGGAUUUUGUGGGAUUGCAGUGGUUCUACAGAGGAGACUUGGGAGCCAGAGGCAAAGAUGAAGUUGAAGUUCAGGAAGUGGUUCGACAAGCAGGUCGAGGAGAUUGCGAUCCUGAAUAACUCAUCAUGUUUUUGGAGACUUCGUUCUCUGGCAGACUCUCUGGGUGCAAGUAGGCCUCAGUUGAGUGUAGCUUAUCUGGGUGCAAGUAGGCCUCAGUAUAAGCAGUUUGUUCAUCUGGGUGCAAGUGGGCCUCAGUAUGGACGUUUCGGGAGUGAAAAUUUCUUGGAACGUGCUUAUGACAUAGGAUUUGACAUAUGUCUCGGGGAUCAGGUGAGGAUCUCCAGUGUUGCGGCCUUGCGAGGUCGGGUUUUUGUGGUCUUUGUGACGUUUGUUUGGGAUUCGAGGACGAAUCCAGUUUAG